AUGGAAUGCAUGAAAUCGGGCAGUCAACACGAGCUUGUAAAGGAAUAUUUUAGAAUCGUGCAUGAAAGUAUGUCAAAAUUUGGUAAGAAAAAGGAGUUCCUGAAGAAAUUUGGCGAAACCAGAACUGACUUUCAACGCGUCUGCUAUCUUCUCAAGGCUCUGGAAGCCACCAAUUUCGUCAUUCUGCCAGAAACUGUGUCUGGACUUGCAGCGAAAAGCGGUAUUGAAGUGCUUGGAAUGCCGUCCAAGGAAACGGCAUUGAAGGGGCUCAAUGGCAAGUCGGACGAGGUAUCGACUCAGAUACGGGAGCACAGCAACCAGCUGUGGAAAUCACGCCAGGCUACGAAGGCGCUUACGUUUUAUACGGCUGCACUUUUUCAUGCAGCUUCGGAUUCCGUAAAAGCUCUGGCUCUGGGCAAUCGGUCCUGUGUCUUAUUUAGUCUAAAUUGCUUCGAUGAGGCUUCUGCAGAUGCAAGCGAGGCGCUCAAGGUAGGCAAUAUUGAUUUAGGCUUUCCACUGUCAAAAGCAGCACGUCUGCACAUUCGCAUAGCCCAAUGCCACCAAAUACGGGGUCGCCUGCCGGAGGCAAGAAAGCACUUUCAGGAGGCCAUUAGCCUUCUCGAUGAUUCUGAAGCAUCUAUGAGGACUUCGCUUUUAUCAUUGGCUAAACUUGGGUUAUUGGAAUGUAGCACGGAGCAAGAGAAGACGAUGUCGACACCCUCAUCUCCCUCUGAACCCCUCUGGAAGUGCAUUCGUUAUGACCCUCCAAAGUUUUCAAGAGUUCAGACAAUAAAGUUAACAAAGGCGUCUAGUGAUGAUAAACCGGGAACUUCUUGUCGUCUGCUCUCUGCACCAGAUGGAACUGUGCGUCUCAGGAAUACCGGUCAUAAACGCGGCUGGGCGGUUGAAGUUACGAGGGAUGUUCCUGUUGCUUCUAGCAUCCAAUAUGUUAGUGAUCUUCACGUGGGCUUCUGUAGUUCCGCAUGUGCGAAGAGCGCAAUGCGAGCUGAUGGUGGAAGGGACGGAUUGGGUCGCCAUGUCAAUGAUUGUGGUGGACUUGUUCCCUGUCUUCAAUUAGAUAGCUAUGCUGGUUGGUCAAAGGAGGUCAAAGACUCUGUAGGUGGGCCGAAGGUCUCUCGUCUCGCCUUCGCUUGCAUUGCCAGCACCGCACCGGACUGUCUGCUCGACUAUGUUUGCUCCACUGGACGCUAUGAGAGUUUGGACGGUACCCACAAGGCUAUGACAAACAUCCAAGCGUUGCCUCGUUUCUAUGCCUCCACGCUUGUUUAG